AUGACAGCUGAUGAGAAAUCUAUGAGAUUAACAAUUUUUGCUAAUUCGUUGAAAAGUAUAGAUGAAAAAAAUGCAAACAGUAAUAAUACAAAAUAUGGUAUCACUAUGUUUGCCGACUGGACAGAUACAGAACUGAAACAGCUUUCACGUCCAGUGGAACACAGUGAUCAACAAGUACUCCGUGGACCGAAUGUUUGGACGUAUGUUCAGUGGAACGGUAUUGACCCAAUACCUCGACAGUUUGAUUGGAGAUGGUUUGACGGUGUUACCCCGGUCAAGAAACAAAAUAGUCACUGUAAUUCAUGCUGGGCACAUGCAGUAACAGCCACUGUCGAAUCGCUAUAUAAAAUACGUUUCGGGAAGUCAGCAAUUUUGUCUGAAUUGGAACUGUUAGAUUGUGAUUACACUAACAGCGGAUGUUACAGUGGAAAUACCAGACGAGCAACUGCCCGAGGACUUUAUCACGGAUUUUAUCAGAAUAAUGAAUAUAUACGCAACGGAUGGUGUUAUAAUCAAGGAUCAAUUAAGUUAAAACGUCUUUAUUCAAUUGCACCUAAUGAAUGGUCAAUUGCAUGGUUCAUUUCUAAAUUUGGUCCUGUUACACUCAAUAUCGCUGUACCACUGUUUCUCUACAAAGAUUUCAAAGGUGGAUCAAUUAUGACGCCGAAUUAUUACUGCUCUUCAAUGACACCAAAUCAUGCAGUCGUUGCAGUUGGUUUUGGUGAAGAAAACGGUAUUAAAUAUUGGAUUCUAAAAAACAGCUGGGGAACCGACUGGGGUGAAAACGGCUAUUUUCGACUGCAACGCGGGGUUGGAGCCUGUUGGAUUGAAUCCUUUCCGACGUCAGCUUCGUUCAUCUGA